AUGAGUGGAUACGAUAGCGCUUUAUCUAUAUUCUCACCUGAUGGACACGUUUUCCAAGUGGAAUACGCAUCCGAGGCGGUGAAGAGAGGUACAUGUGCCGUGGGAGUCAAGGGCAAAAACAUUGUUGUAUUGGGUUGCGAAAGAAGAACAACCUUGAAAUUACAAGAUCCAAGAACGACACCUUCCAAGAUAUGCAAGAUUGAUCACCACAUAUUGUUGGCAUUUGCUGGAUUGAAUGCCGAUUCAAGGAUCUUGAUAGAUAAAGCUAGAGUAGAAGCCCAAUCUCAUCGAUUGAAUUUAGAAGAUGCUGUUAGUGUUGAGUACUUGACUAAAUAUGUCGCUGGUGUACAACAACAAUAUACUCAGUCUGGUGGAACUAGACCAUUUGGAAUUGCCACUUUGAUCGCUGGAUUUGAUACUAAUGACACUGUACCCAAAUUGUAUCAAACCGAACCUAGUGGUGUUUUUAAUGCUUGGAAAGCUCAUGCCAUCGGCAGAUCAGCUAAAACCGUCAAGGAAUUUUUGGAAAAGCAUUAUAAAGAUGAUGCUAACGAUGAAGAUACUAUCAAAUUGACAGUUAAAUCGUUGUUGGAGGUGGUACAAACUGGUGCGAAGAAUAUUGAACUUUCAGUGAUGAAACCAAAUGGUGUGAUUGAGAAAUUAACUAUAGAUGAAAUUAAGAAGUAUGUUGAUGAGAUUGAAGCUGAAAAGGAAGCUGAAGCUGAAAAGAAGAAACCAAAGUCAAAAGAUUAA